AGGCCAAAAUCUCUGCGGCAAAAUUUAUAAAACUGAAAAACAGUAAACCGGGAAGCAUCGAAGACAGAUUCAUAGAGAACACAAAAAGCUGAAAAAGGAAGAGGACAGAAGUAGCCAUGAAAUUAUUUGAUACUCAUUGCCACCUUCAAGAUCCCAGAAUUCUCAACAAAGCACCCAAACUCAUCUCCACGGCUUUGGAUUCUGGGGUCCUUAAUUUUGCUGUUAAUGGAGUUCACGAGAAAGAUUGGCAUUUGGUAAAAGAAAUGGGCGAGACGUAUUCAUGUGUUAUUCCUUGCUUUGGAUUUCAUCCUUGGUAUGUUGCUCAGAGAAGUCCAAAUUGGUUCAGUACUCUCAAGGAAUUCUUUGAGACCACUCCUUCUGCAGCUGUUGGAGAGAUUGGUUUGGACAAAGGUUCAAAAGGAAGGGAGAUUGAUUUUAAUGAUCAGGUUGAAGUAUUUCGGCAACAGCUAGAGCUUGCAAAAGAGUUGAAAAAACCGGCAUCGGUCCAUUGUGUUCGUGCAUAUGGUGAUCUUCUUCAGAUAGUGAAAGACGUUGGGCCUUUCCCAGAUGGUCUCCUCCUUCAUUCUUACUUGGGUUCUGCAGAGAUGGUUUCUGAAUUUGUCAAAUCUGGUGCUUAUUUUUCAUUGUCUGGAUUCAUCAUGACCAUGAAAUUGCAGAAGGCCAAGAAAAUGCUAAAGACAAUACCUUCAGAAAGGAUAUUAUUGGAGUCAGAUGCGCCGGAUGCAUUGCCAAAUUCAGAGUUAAGCUCUUUAUUUUUGGUCGAUGAAGAUCCUUCCCUCCCUCAAGAAUUUUUUGCUCAAGGGAGAAAUUCUGCUUCAAAUACGAGCAUUCCGUCUGAUAAUCGAUCUCUUACAUCAAGAGAGGUGUCUUCAUUGCCCAAAGAUAUGCUUAAUCAUCCGGCAAACAUUCAUAAUGUGCGUGAUUAUGUUGCAAAUUUGCUGGAAAUUAGUAAAGAGGAACUUGCAGAGAUAAGCUGCAGAAAUGCAGUACAAUUGUUUUCUUACCAAGGUUCAAAAGUUGCCUUAGGAUGAUCUUUUAAUGUCUUUAAUCUUUCUAUGGAUUAGGAACAUGCUUUCGUACCUUUUCUGUAUCUUGAAAAUGUGAAAAUGCAGAAAUGUUUAUAGAAAAACUUUAAAUAAACUUGUAUGAGAUGUUUUUUUUA